UAGCAAGACUGUUGUUGUUAUCAUGGGAGCUCUGAGAGGAUUGCUGCUCUUUGUGCUGACUGUUGGGGUCUUCAAUGUUUGUUGUUCCCCUGUUGGAAAGUCCAAGAAGCAAGAUCGAGUCUUUCUACAGAGGAGAUUUGGAGAGCUAGCAUCAAAUGACGUCUCCAUUGCACAUGCCCUGGCCUUGCUCCGGUCCAUAGUGUCUGACUCUAAACAAGCCAGAGAAGAGUAUUUGGAGACCAAUGACGACGACUCUACUGGUGCCGCUACCGGCUCGCCUGACGACGACGACUCUACUGGUGCCGCUACUCGGCUCGCCUGA